AUGUACCUGUGUGCAGGGUUCGUGGAGGAGAUGCGGUUUGUAGCCAUGAAGUUGCACACUCGGGAUCAGGCGCCAAAGGAGGGCCAGCAGGAGUCAGCAGAGAAGGCCUGGAAAGCGUGGGAGCCGACCCGUGUUGGCUACCUGCGCUUCUUGGCGGAGUCCAAGGAAGUGUAUGAAACACUGGAGAACAUUGUGGCAGAGGCUUCAUUCCCUGAAUAUGCACGUUUUCAGAACACAGGCUUGGAGCGGUCGGCAGGGCUGUCAGAGGACAUUGCCUGGAUGCAGCAGGAGUAUAGCCUGGCCCCUGUCCAGCUGUCAGAGGAUGGGCCAGGACGCGCUUACAGCAGCUUGCUGAAGGAGCUGGCGCGCGACUGCCCUCCAAAAUUCUUGUGCCAUUUCUACAAUGUGUACUUUGCACACACUGCGGGCGGCCGAAUGAUCGGCACCAAGGUUGCCUCGAUGAUCCUGGAUUCCAGAGAGCUCCAAUUCUACAAGUACGAGGGCGACUUCCGAGCCAAGCUAGAUGAAGUGCGCGCUCAGCUCAAUGCGGUGGCAGAAGGCUGGACGCGGGAAGAGAAAGACAGCUGCCUAGAGGAGACACAGAAGUCUUUCAAGUACUCGGGGGGCCUCUUGCGCACUAUCACAGAAACCUAA